GGCGGGAACUGGAGCCAUUUUGCUGCUGCAGCGGCCUGCUCCCUGCCCCCGUCGUCACGGGCGACGGAGGCCGAGGAAGUGGAGAAGAACUGGGCAGCGCUGCUGAUCAUGGCGGUCGUCGCGGUUACGGUGACAGGCAACAUCCUGGUCAUCCUGGCCGUGUCCCUGGAGAGGAAGCUGCACAACGCCACCAACUACUUCCUGGCGUCCCUCGCCGUCGCCGACAUGCUGCUGGGGUUGCUGGUCAUGCCCGUCUCCAUGGUGACCGUCCUGUAUGACUACUGGUGGCCCCUGCCCGCUGACCUGUGUCCAGUCUGGAUCUAUCUAGACGUGUUGUUCUCCACCGCCUCCAUCAUGCACCUGUGUGCCAUCUCCCUGGACCGCUACAUCGCCAUCCACAACCCCCUGCACCACAGCCGCUCUAACUCCCGUGCCAAGGCCCGCGUCAAGAUCCUGGCCGUGUGGACCAUCUCUGCCGGGAUCUCAAUGCCCAUCCCAGUGCUGGGUCUGCGGGACCACUCCAAGGUCUUCAAGGACGGCAGCUGUCAGCUGACAGACGACAGCUUCGUCCUGAUCGGCUCCUUCGUGGCGUUCUUCGUGCCCCUCACCAUCAUGGUGGUCACCUACGCCCUGACCAUCCGGGCUCUGCAGAACGAGGCCACGCUCUGCCUGGACCUCCUGGUGCCCCGCCCCAAGUGGAGCACCACCCUCACCCUGGGCUUCCUGCCCCAGCCCGCCAUGACCCCCGACAAGACCUUCCGACGCUCGCUGAGCCGCAAGGCCAGCGCGGUGAGCGCCGGCGGGGGUGGGGGGGGAGGCGUGCGAGGGAGCGUGUCCGGGGGUCCGCCUUUCGGGCUGCGCACCAUCCAGUCCAUCAACAACGAGCAGAAGGCCUCCAAGGUGCUGGGCGUGGUGUUCUUCCUCUUCGUGGUCAUGUGGUGCCCCUUCUUCAUCACCAACGUGCUGGCGGUGGUGUGCGACCCGGCGCUCUGCAAGCCCGCCGUCCUGGGGGGUCUGCUGAACGUCUUCGUGUGGAUCGGCUACCUGUCGUCGGCCGUCAACCCGCUGGUGUACACGCUGUUCAACAACACGUACCGCGCCGCCUUCUACCGCUACGUCUGCUGCCGCUACCGCGCCCAGAAGAAGCCCCUGCAGCAGUUCCUGGUCAACACCAUCCCCCCGCUGGUGUACGGCUCCACCCAGCUGGGGGACCUCAGGGGGCUGCGCAACGGCGUGGUGGCGCACCCCGGGGGCGGGGCCAGGAACUGCUCGUUACCCGGGCCGACGGAGGACAAAACGUGGUCCGACAAGAGCCGGAGAGACAGGGACGAGAGCUGUGUGUGA